AUGACUCGUAGCUUUUACGUGUCCUGCCCCACCUCCCUUGGAAAGCUGGUGCUGAUCGAACUAGACAAACAACGUCUCCCUCUGUUCCCAGACGAUGCUUGGUUCCCUGCCAAGGUAGAAGUGAAAUCCCCUGAAGGAGAAACCUACAACUUUCCCAUCUACCGCUGGAUCACUGACAACGAAGUGCACCAAUUCAGGGAGGGAACAGCUCUGAGAGUCUUUGACGACACCCAUCAUCUUGGCAGGUACAGUCGACAGCAGGAGCUGAAGCAGCGUGAGGAAGAGUAUCGCUGGGAUGCGUAUAUGGAGGGAAUACCCCACGGCAUUAAGGCAGAAGACCUUUCUUCACUGCCUUGUGAGGUCCGAUUCUCCUUCACCAAGGAAACAGAGUUUGCCUUCACAGCAUCCAUAGGAAUGACAGAGCUAGAGCUGAAAGGACUGUCAGCUUCUGAGGAGCCAUGGACUAAUGUUGAUGACAUCAGUCAGGUGUUUUACAACAAAUGGACUCCCAUAUCAGACUGGUGACCUGGCCAGGUGUCCCCUGCCUUCGCCCGAGUCAGCUGGGAUAGACUCCAGCCCCCACCGUGACCCUAAUGAGAAUUAAGUGGUGUAUAGGUAAUGGAUGGAUGGAUGGAAAAAUGCCAUAGUAUACUAUGUCGAAAAAAAAAUGGGAUUUUUCAACAUGUUGUAAAAAUGUGUCAUAUGAUGAAAUAAUGUAAAGUAGGAUGUGAAAAACACUCCGGGAAGGUUUUCUUUGAAAAAUAAAUCAUCAUGAAUUUUGGCGCAAAAAAAUGUCAUAUUAUACUAUGUCGAAAAAAAAAAUGCGAUUUUUCAACAUGUUGUAAAAAUGUGCCAUAUGAUGAAAUAAUGUAAAGUAGGACGUGAAAAACACUCCAGAAAGGUUUUCUUUGAAAAAAAAAAUCCUCAUGAACUUUGGCGCAAGAAAAACGCCAUAGUAUACUAUGUCGAAAAAAAAUGCGAUUUUUCAACAUGUUGUAAAAAUGUGCCAUAUGAGGAAAUAAUGUAAAGGAGGCCGUGAAAAACACUCCAGAAAGGUUUUCUUUGAAAAAAAAAACAUCACGAAUUUUGGCCCAAAAAAACGCCAUAGUAUACUAUGUCGAAAAAAAAGUGAGAUUUUUCAACAUGUUGUAAAAAUGUGCCAUAUGAUGAAAUAAUGUAAAGCAGGCUGUGAAAAACACUCCGGAAAGGUUUUCUUUAAAAAAAUAAUUAUCAUGAAUUUUGGCACAAAAACAGGAAUUCUUAGAGGCGAAGAUCGAUCAGCUCUACAACAGCAUCUACAGCAGCAUCUCCAUGUGAAAGCCAGCAAACCUCAUUUUCCUCCAAGCAUCCCGACUCUACGAACUGCUUCGACCAGCGACCUGCAGUGGGACAAAGACGUGUCACCUGAGGCUUAACAUGCUUUUGAGAAGCAAACCAAAACUGGCGCAACUGUAGAGGAUUUGAAAUGCCUAGAUAAAAACAAAUUAAAGCAAGAAAAUGAAAUACAAUGCACAUUGUCACAUGUAUUUCCUUUUGGUUCGUGCAUUUAAUCCGUUGAAAGCGUACAUUAAAAGGAUAGUUUUACCUUAGCUGACAUUUAAGUGACACUCUACAUUAUUAUUUGACUCCAAACAUUUACUGGACUGAUUUAAAUAUUAAAAUCACUCCUUUCUAAUCCUCUGCUGUAUGUUCAAACCUGAGGCCUUAAAUAGAAACACACAAGUAUCUGUUUGAAGGAACUUCUGCAGAGUUCUGGUUCCAGAACAUGAUGAUAGAAUUAUAGACAAACUUUAACAAAAGCUGCCUGAGAGUUUACAGGUUUUUGUUUCAUUUCUUCAGUAAUUUAAUGAGAGUUAUGAGCAAAAAUCAAGUGUUCAUUUGAUGAACUUCAUUUCCUAAAACAUCCAGAAUUGGAGCUCAUAUCUUUGGCAGCUGUAAAGUUUCUGCGCCUUCAAAAUUCACAACACAAUGAACGAAUUCCUAAAACACUCUCAAUGCUGGAGAGCGUUUGUGAUGCUGAAGGAGUGACCAGUUUUUCUGUUUCUUCUCUGGAGAUGCACAAUGAGGGACGUCUGCAGAGACUGAGAAAGAGUCUCACCACAUCCUGACAUGAGGAAAAAGACUUUAUUGAAGACUACAAUGAGAAAAACUAUCAGACAGCAGACGUCAUGCAUUCAAGGUGAGCUCUGAACAUAUGAUCUGGAACAGGAAUUCAAUAAUGGCAGCAUGAGCUUCAUUUCAGUCUGUAGCUGCUGAAUUCAUGGAUGAAUCAUCUGGCACUAGAGAAGAAGACCAUCAAACAUCCACAUCAGCUGAUGGAGGUCCAAGAGUCUCACCAAACAACCAACCUACAGAGUGAAGACCUCAAAUCUGAUUGGACGGCCUCCUAUUCAGCCACAUGUGAACAAAUGCCUCUAAGUUGGUUUGUUUUCUAAAAUAACAUGACAUGUUCAGGUGUUCUUUGUGUGAAAACUCAGAGAUUUCAGGUAUCAGAAGGUGGUUUUCAACUUUCUUUGUUAACUUUCUGCUUCAACUUUAAACUAAAUUUCCUUCACUAACCCAGCCCUCUGGACUUCCAGUAGGCUGUGUUCCUAUUGGCUGUCCAGGUGGCUGCUUGGUGUUAUCAGGAACACCUGAGCAGCUCAGUGUCUUCCUGCUUUAUUUAGCUGCAGACAAACAUUUCCUCUGCUUGUCUUCACCACUGAACUGGGUUUGGCUCCUUGCUUUAGUUUGUUCUUUAGGUGUUGGCUUGCAGCUUCCAGCAGUAAAAUCGUCUUUAAUGUGUUUCUUGGCGUGUUUCAGGGCUUUGUACUGGAUAGUUGUCUUGGUAAAUGUGGUUCUGUAGCCACAGUUAGCACAUGGUGCUAAUGUUUGCAGUGAUUAGUGGAUUUGGUGCAGCUGAGUUGUGUCUUUAUCUUGGCUGUAGUGAGUCUUUAGAGGUUUUUGGUCAGACACAUUCUGUAUUCUUGUUUGUGAACCAACGUUGGUUGUCCAGAAGGUAAGAGUUCCUGUCCUGAUUCUCUGUUCUCAGAGGUUCUCUGGUAGGCAGCAGGAAACUUUAGCAUUUGGGUUGUGUUAGUUUGGUUUUUGUACGGUUUCAUUUGGACGACUAUCUUGAGGCCCCUCCAUGUGGUUUAGUGAGGUUUUCUGCAACAGUUCUACAAAGCAACCUGCAGCACAAGAGACUUUGAGAGUUUUUAGGAAGUUCUGGAGACCAGACUUUAGAGCAGCAGAAACAUUUGUCAGCAGUUUGAGCAGGAGAAGGUGAGCUUCAGAGUAGAAAUGAGAUGGAAACCUUCUUGACCCGUGUGGUGAGGUCCUGUACCAAGAGUUUGAGCAGGUUGUGAAGAGUCUGUAGUUCUUUGGUCUGAAAGCACAAGAAGAGUCAACUGAUUAAAGGAGAAAACAGGAGAUAUUGUUGGUUCUUCUGUCGCUCUGCAGUUUCCUUAGACUGAAUAUCAAGUUUAUAUUUUAAAUGAUUUCCCAUGUGAGCCCAAGAAGACUUCAAUAAACUCUCUCCAUCCCCUGGACACAACAUAUUUUGUUACCAUGUUAAAUCUUUUUUGAAAUGUUUUUGCAUUUUAAUCAUAGUUUUAGUAUAGUUUUUUUUCUCUUUGCUUGUUUAGUUGUGUCAUCUGUGUGAAAGGUGCUAAACAAAUAAAGUUGAAUUGAUAAACUGAAUAA